GGUGUUUGUUGAGUUGGAGGUAGUGGUGAUGGAGAAGAUGGAUGGUGGAGCUAAAAGAUCGUGGCGGUUCUUUCUUUCUCCUGCUUCUCCGCAGCCACGCGUGGAGUUCCUCUCCGCUGGCAGUGCUGCUCAGUGGGACGGGAGUGGAGAUGAGAGAUAGAGGAAUGUGAGGUCUUGAGUGCCUGCUUUGUGGAAGUUUUAUCCAGGGGCAGCAUUCGGCUUUGUCCUCCUCAGAGCCCCAGGAGGUCGCACUUCGCCGUUCUCAGUCUCCUGGGUGAAGAUGUUCGAACUUUGGACUCGUGAAUGGCUAGGGCAUGUGCCAACGUUGAUAGCAGAUCUGUGCUUCUUUCAUUUUCGUUGCCUUUGGUAAAAAAAAAAACGCGGUGGUUUGGUGAUGAUCUGGCAGUCUUUUUGCGGAAUUGAUCCAACCACAGACGGCUCAAGAAAUCUAAUGUUAAUUAAUAAUCCAUUGUGUGUUCAUGCAGCUAGGGUCUCCUAAAGACGUAACCCUACGGCCAAGCACUCAUGUUUGUGUUAAGCGCUUCACCUCGCGCUUUAUUCAAACACUGCUGUUUGUUGCUGGCCGCUUGGCGUUUUGGGCCGUGUGGGCUUGUGUUCAACAACAGUAAUGCAAGAAAAAGAGCGUUCAGCAGAGCACGUGAAGUUUGACUGAUGAGGGGGGUUGCUGUGUUCCUGUGUUGCAUGGUUAAGUGAGUUUAUUUUCAUGGUAGAAGUGACUCCAUGUCAAAACAUGCUGGAGGAUAGUGAAGACCACACCACAUUAAACUUAGCACCUUCGAAAUCACCUCUGCCAUGAAGGGUCAUCGCCGAAAUCGCCGCCUAUAAUUUAACUAUAGGGCAGUGUUAUGUGAAAAUGUAAGUUUGUUGUCAUUUGUGCACGUGCACUAUUGUCCAUGCAGUAUCAUAAACAUGUGAUUAAAAUCAGCUUUGGUGAAAAAGUGAAGGUAGCUCUGGUAAAUAGGAUAUCACUUGCUAAUAAUUAUAGCUGUACUAUUGAAGACAUCUUCUGGUAAAGACAGCUCUGAUAAUUGAGGCAGCAUUCUCUGGCGAAGGGUGAAUUCUGGUGGUGAUGGAAGUUUCUAUUAAAACAACGAUAUGAGGCUUCUCCAUCUUAUAUCGUUUGUAGUGAUGACAUGUGAGAUUGUGAACACAGUACAUUUUAUUGAAGGAAUUACAGUAUUUAGUUGCAAGUUUCUUUUAGUAGUACCUGUUUUGUAGCAAAGGCAGCUCGGAUUAUAUAAAUAAUGUUAAAACAAAAAGGCAUUUGUCAAUCCACUGCUUGAUAAAGGCUUCCCAUGCUAUGUCCAUUAUGUUGGACGUUUGACCAUACUUCAUCUUGCUGGCGAGUACUGGUUUUGAAGGGGGGACCCCAGGACCUACUUAGAUAUGGCUCGCCAUUGAUGUUAGCUGGGCUGAGAAUCGAACUUGGGUGGCCAGGUUCGUAGAGCAGCGUGCUAACAGGUAAUUAAAUACAAAAAUGCUACAUUUUAAACCUUCGUCAAUCCACUGCUGGAUGAAGGUCAUAUCGCACUGUCGAUCAUGAUUGUUUUUCUAUAUUUCACCAUGCUGCUGAUUACAGGUUUAGUUUUAACUGACCAGUGACUUUAGUAAAAUCAAACUGAAUUCGUCACCUUGACAGCAAAUUGUGUGCUCGCCACUGCGCCACCAUUCAAUUUGAAUAGAUAAUUGCAGUGAAGCUGUCAUUUUAAACUUAAUUAUCUGUUGACAAUAAGACAUCGUAUUUAAGGAAUAGUUUAGUUGUGAAAACAAUUUAGUAGUGAAGGCAUUGUCUGCAUUUUACGACCAAUCGUUGCAGUUCAACUCUGUGGGUAAUAUCUCAUGCCAAUUACAUCUGGGAGCUGAGCAGCAUUUGUUUAACAAGCCUGGCCGCUGAUGAUGAGAUCCAGAAUGUAUAAACUGGACCAGAGUUUGCUUGCAUGAACAAUUUCUGCUGGAUAUUUGUCUGAAAAAAACAAUCGGCUGAUGGACUAAAGAGUGUGUGUGUGUGUAGACAAUAUAGUUCUUAUAUUUGCUGUUAUUGUCGUGAAGGCAUGGACAAUUCGACGACCGGGCGUGCAGGCAUUGUUUAGAUUUUAAGACCAGUAAUUGCAAUGAAGGGUUUGUUUUAUGGUUAUUUGAGGAGGUGGGAAUGCUAGCAGCUGACGGUAGUGAAGGCAUGUCACGCGAGUUGGCCCAUCAUAGAGUUGGACGGAGUCACAGGUCCUCCGGUCGGUCCUGCCGUGACUCGGCAAACAAAUAAUCUCGUGGCGUCUUCUUGUCAGGCAGAACCAUGGAAACCACGUGGCAGGACAGGUCUGAAGACCACUCUAUCCACCCGAGGCUGCCUGCUCUGGGAGGAGGAGCCCUGUUUUUCUAACCGGAAAGCAAAGUCCCUUGAAAAUGUCAGGAAUGCCUGAGGAGAUGUGGCAAUUGAGGGCUCGUGCGAAACGGGUGAUACUGUUCGGUCGGUCAUCUACUUCCUUGUUUUCUCUUGUAAGAGCUGUACAUGGUGUUGUUAAAGUACACUUUAGUGUACGUGGGCUGUUUGUCUAAUGUCACUUUUUCUUCCUGCUGAUAAGGACGUAUUCUCUAUGUUGUGGCGAUCUCCGCUUCGUGGCCGUGCAUGGACGGAUGACUAGCAUGGUUUGGAUGUGCUGCACAAAUGUACGCACAGCGCUUUUUAUUAAUACUGUACAUAUACACACACCUCAACUCGAAGCCCGUACUUGAGUACAAGGAACAAAGCAGUAGAGGGAGACACCUAAUAAGAUGGACUGAUGUAACAAAGACAGGCGAUGACAUUGAACAAAAUGUGUGCAAGGACGAAGCGAUUUAACUGGCAAAAGAACAAAGGUGGAGAGAUUUGAUUUGGCCCCAUUGUUACUCCGGAGCUGACACGAGGGAGGAGAACGCAGGCCCGACAUUUGAGCGUUCUCUAGAAGUGCUGUCUUGCGUCAGUCAUCCCCCACAUGCCGUCGUGUGCUUGGAUUGAGUGUCCAGUUUAAUUUCGCUAACAUACGUGCUGGCAACAUCGGGACAGGUCAGUGUAAUGUAAGUGAUGUUACAAUGUUAAAGUUAUUGGUCAACAAAACGUCCGGCUGUUGAUGUGCACACGCCCUGCAAGACCUCUAGCAGGCAAGUCACAAUCGUGGCUAUUCAUAGGUUGGCGUCGAGUGUGCCAUUCCUGCCUUUUGUUGUGCUCAUAAAAGGGCUUUUUUUUGGUGGAAUCCUUGCAAAAAAACGACAACAAAAGCCGAGCGUUUUGCCUAUAAUUCCGAAUGUCAGCCUCGAAAAGAUUUACAGGUCUUUGCCCGAACGAGACGUGGUGGUUGGUUUUCCCGAGUCGGGUGGGACUCGUAUUUUGAAAUCGGCCCUUGGCCUAAACGAAAGAGCGGUAGCGGCGUGUCAGCUGAUCCGGUGGAAUGAGCGGCGGCGGUGGCGGCAGCCAUCUUGGGCUUGUGCAAGCUUCACGUGUUCGGGAUGAGAGGGGGCUGCAGGUUGAUAAGGAGGUGGAAUCCCAGGUAACUGUGGCUGGACGCGACUGCAACAAGGUUGCGGAUGAUAUGCAAGGAGGUGACUCCGGACUCCUCGACAGGCAAUUGACCGAGUUCGAGACCACCAUCAAAGGUUAUGAUCGUCUGCCCAAAGUGAGGGCCAGCAACGCUGACGGACUUAACGACGCCAGCGAAGCUAGGCCUUGCAACCCUCUUGUAGAGAGGCCCGAGAAGGCGACUGAGCUUCCAUCACCAGUCAAAGUGGAAGCCGUCCCCUCGCAGGGGUCGCCUGCCGGUGACGUGACGCCAAAGGGGGCCUCUGUGUCGGUCGAGUCGCCCGCUCGGGGCAACGUCCCUCUGCGCCUUCCUAUCAGUAUCAUCCCCGGCCACGCGGCCAAAUCCCUAAGUGGUGUUUCCAACCGUGCGAAGAUGUCUCUGUUCAUCAUGAAGCCUACAGCGACCACCGCGAUGGCCGGCAUGGGCCACAGCAACACACCCUCCAAACUGGCAGGCACCACCAUGGAUGCCAAGCGGGGUCCUUCGGAGGGCCCGCAGCAAACGCCUGUCACGGAGCCGGUGAGGGUGAACCGCGCACGGAAGACUCUGCCCAAGCCUACGCCGAGCCAGUGUGAUGGCUUUCCCGUCUGGACCCAACACAAGGUACCACUCCGGGAAGCAAGCGGACAGAGCAAGGAGGCACCGUCGGUGCCGGCGCCGACGCCGGUGCCGGCAGUUGCAGUGUUGGUGGCAGCUGAGGGGAAGGAGGAGCCCGGAAAGAUCAACGAGGUGACGCAUGUUCUGCCGACUGGCCAGGGCAGUCAAGCCGCCAACAUCGAUUCGCCCAAAAAAGCACCAGCACCACCACCACCACCGCGGGACCAGGGAGAACACCUCAACUCCGUCAGCCAGAUCAGGCAGGGGAACUCAACGCACCUCAACAGCCAGACCAGCCAGGCUAGCCAGCCUGGACAAGGUAGCCAGCCUGGACAAGGUAGCCAGCCUGGACAAGGUAGCCAGCCUGGACAAGGUAGCCAGCCUGGACAAGGUAGCCAGCCUGGACAAGGUAGCCAGCCUGGACAAGGUAGCCAGCCUGGACAAGGUAGCCAGCCUGGACAAGGUAGCCAGCCUGGCCAGCCUACCCAAGUCACCCACUCGCAUAAUUCAAGUAACUUCAUCCAUCUGAAGCAAAAUGACCAGUCAAACAAUGUUCGUGCAUACAGCCAGCCCACCCAAGGUGACCAGUCAAACAAAGUCAGCCAAAACAGCCUGCCGAGCCAAGUCGGCCAGCCCAACCCCAGCCCGGUGAACCAGCUGAAGCAGGCUAGCCCGACUAGGCAGGCCGUGUCCAUCAACAAUGGCACCGAGGUGAAGCCGCCCCCUAAGAGCGGCGAUGGCGCUCAGGCCUCCAGCGAGGCCGCAGGGGAACCCAUCGGACAGGCCCCCGAAACGCCCUCGUCGGACACCGUCGGCCUCGCGGUGGACGGGAAGGGAGCUGCCACCUCCUCCUCAUCGGCUCCUCGCAAGAGGAAAAGGAAGAUGGGGCUGUACAGCUUCGGGCAGAAGAAGAAGGGAAAACCGAUCCGUCAGCGCACGCUGAUGGAGAUGCUGCAGGGCAAAGUGGCGCAGCCCGAGAGAGAUGGGCGCGUCGAGGAGUGUGACCGGGCCUCCGAUGGCGAGAGUGACCGAGAUAUGGCUGACCCCUCGGGCGACGAGACCCAACCACCACCGACGGCGUCUGGUACGGCCACAGCGAGGGAAACGGUCGCAGCACCAACGACAGCCGUACCGCCCCGCCCAGACACCCGCACGGAGCCCUCCCGCCAGCACAACCAUGAGGUGGCAACGACCGCAAAAAACGCAACUGUGGCCACAACUGCACCCACGGAACCCGCAACCGCAGAAUCUGACAAUGAAAAAAAAUCAUCGGCGGUGGGAGCGUCGACGAUCGCGUUGAAUUCCGUCGGAGGCGACGCAGGGUCGGAGGUCGCAGCUGCCACUGCUGCUGCAGUAGUGGGAGCAACAGGUGGAGCGAAGAGAAAAUUGGAGAUGGGAGGAGGAGGUGGCAGCGGCAACGGCAGUGGCGGUGGCAGCGUGGGCUCCCACACAUCCCAGGAGUCUCUGUCGGGAGGAGCGCAGUCUCUGGACGGCGAUGUUGCAAGCAGCAAGGAGGAGGGCGAGGUGAUGGACGGCGACACGGAGGAGGACGAGGAGGAAGGGGAGGAGUCUGAGAACCACUCGGACGUGAGCUCCGGGUCAAGCAGCAAGCGCAAGCGUGCGGGGGGCAAGCAGAAAGGGGGCAACCCUUGGGUGAAGCCCAACCGACGGCGCAGCCGCGUGGAGCGCCAGAAGUACUUGCAGCGCAGCGGGCAGAACGCGUCGACGGCGCCGGUCCCGCCGGCCCCGCCAGACGGAGACAUCAAGGAGAGCUACACGGCCACGGCGCUGCCUCUGCCGACACACUCGGUGCUGUCCCCGCACACGAAGGAGUCGAGGCGCAGCUCGGACAUGGAGGAGGGGCUGCAGGAGCUGCCCCUGUGCAGCUGCCGCAUGGAGGCACCCAAGAACCGCGAGAUCAGCAAGUUGUCCAGUGGCAAGUGCAUGGCCACGGAGAGCACCAAUGGGCAGUUGACGCGGUGCCUGCGCUCGGUGGCCAAGCAGGAGACGAUGCGGCCAUCGAGCCGUGUGCAGCUCAUGGUGGUAUGCGAGGAGCACCGCGCCAAGAUGAUGACGCACCACUGCUGCCCGGGGUGCGGCUUCUUCUGCUCCACGGGCACGUUCCUGGAGUGCCAGCCGGACGUAGGCAUCUCUCACCGGUUCCACGUGCGCUGCGUGUCGCGCCUCAACGGCUCACUCUACUGCCCGCACUGCGGGGAGGAGGCCUCGUCGGCGCGGGAGGUCACCGUCUCCGCCGCCGACGCCGCUGCCGCUGCCGCCACCAUUACUGGCUCGGCAGCGCAGUCCGUGCGGGCUUUCGACGGCCUGCACAUGCGCCCCGGCGGCACCAGCGCGCGUAUGCGUCCGGCACCCGAGCCGAGCCGUGCCCAGGCGGCGCCACCGGCCGCAGCCGUGCUUUCGGCGAGUGCGGCGCCGGCUUCGGCUCCGUCUGGGAGCGAGGGGGAGGCGCCGCUGAGCGAGGGGGAGGUCGCCGGCCCAGCGACGACCCUCAAGAGCGGAGCGGUGAUCUCGGCGACAGGGCUGCCCUCGGCCGGCAGCAAGGAGCUCCUGGAGCAGGCGCUCAUCACCCUGCACACGGAAAGACCCAAGAAACUUCGCUUCAACCCCAAGCAGUUGUACCUGGCGUCACGGCUGGGAGAGCUGCAGAAGGUGCUGCUGAUGUUGGUGGAGGGACUGGACCCCAAUGUGGCCAUCGAAGGGCAGAGGAAGAGAACUCCGAUGCACGGGGCGGCCGAGAGGGGCCACGUGGAGGUCCUCCACACCCUCGUGCAGGCGGGCGGCAACAUAGACGCGUGCGACCAGGACCAGAAGACUCCGCUGCUGCAGGCGGCCGAGUCGAACCAGCUUGCGUCGACGCGCUACCUGGUCAAGGCUGGGGCCUACGUGGCUCACAAGGACGACGAGGGGGCCACCUGCCUGCACCUGGCCGCCAAGAAGGGCAACCUAGAGGUGGUGCAGUACCUGGUGUCCACCGGCAAAGUCAACAUCAACUGCCAGGACGACGGUGGCUGGACGCCGGUCAUCUGGACGGCCGAGUACAAGCACGUGGACGUCGUGAGGCUGCUGCUGUCCCGCGGCGCUGACGUGACGCUGAGGGACAACGAGGAGAACAUUUGCCUGCACUGGGCGGCGUUUGCCGGCAGCGUGGACAUCGCCGAAGAGUUCAUCAACGCGCAGUGCGACCUGCACGCGGCCAACCUGCACGGCGACACGCCGCUGCACAUUGCUUCCCGCGAGAACCACUACGAGUGUGUCGUGCUGCUGCUGGCGCGUGGCGCCAACGUGGACGUGCGCAACAAGGAGGGCGAGACGCCCAUGGAGUGCGCCUCCGUCGACUCGACGGUGUGGCUGGCGCUGCAGAUGAACCGCAAACUGCGCGAGAUCGUGGCCUGCCGGCCCGCUCGCACCGAGCGCAUCCUCACCCGGGACAUCGCGCGUGGAUACGAAAUCGUGCCGAUCCCGUGCGUGAAUGGCGUCGAUGAGGAGCCGCCGCCCGCCGACUACAAAUACCUGGCCAAGAGCUGCGAGACGUCUCCCAUGAACAUCGACUGCAACAUCACGCACCUGCAGCACUGCAGCUGUGCGGAUGAUUGCUCGUCCAGCAACUGCCUGUGUGGGCAGCUCAGCAUUCGCUGCUGGUACGACAAGGAUGGGAGGCUGCUGCCCGAGUUCAACAAGAUUGAGCCGCCACUCAUCUUUGAGUGCAACCAUUCGUGCAGCUGCUGGAGGAGCUGCAAGAACCGGGUGGUGCAGCACGGGAUCAGGGUGCGCAUGCAGCUGUACCGCACUGCCAAGAUGGGCUGGGGCGUGCGUGCUCUGCAGGACAUCCUGCCCGGCACCUUCAUCUGCGAGUACGUGGGCGAGAUAAUCUCGGAUGCCGAGGCGGACGUUCGCGAGGAUGACUCGUACCUGUUUGAUCUUGACAACAAGGACGGAGAGGUGUACUGCAUCGACGCGCGGUACUACGGGAACGUGAGCCGCUUCAUCAACCACCUGUGCGAGCCCAACCUGGUGCCCGUGCGCGUCUUCAUGUCGCACCAGGACCUUCGAUUCCCUCGCAUCGCCUUCUUUAGCAGCCGCCACGUGCUGGCUGGAGAGGAGCUCGGGUUUGACUAUGGCGAACGGUUCUGGGACAUCAAAAGCCGCUACUUCACGUGCCAGUGCGGCUCGGAGAAGUGCAAGCACUCCGCCGAGAUGAUCGCUCGCCGCCACGCGCAGGCUGAGGCGUCCGGCCUGCCGGGUCUCCUGGACGGCAGCGCCGGUGGCAUCCCGCCGGCCCCGCCGCCGCCGCCGCCGCCAAUCCCCGCCGCCCCCAACCGCGGCGCGGCCACUCCGUCGCCUCCCGUCUUCGGGCCGCAGAGUGAACAUUUUGCGAGCGCGCUCAACAACGUGCACACGUACGCGCGCACGGUGUCGCCCGUGAAUUCCUACGGGUCGCACAGCACGCACAGCAACCCGCCGCAGCGCCAGCCGCCCGCCACCCCCGCGGCCAGCCCCGGCCACAACGCCCACCCGGCAGCGGCGGUGGCGGCGGCCGUGCCGAUUCCGCCGCCACCCCGUGCCGUGGCCUCCCCUCGCGACGACGCUCGCCCCACCGCCAUCGUGCCGCCUCCGCCGCCACCGCCCCUGCACUGAGGGCCGCCCGGCCGGUGGACGCCGAGGUGGACACCCCCUCUCCUCCCCGCGUCAUCGUCAAGACCCUGCGUCUAGCCCAGACUACUCGUCGUCGCGUGCUCUGCUCUGUGUCGCGCGUGUAGCGCAGGGCCAGCGAGUCGUCGCCGUCGUGGUGGUGGUGGUGGUAGCGGCGUUGAUGGUGGUGGCGGUGCUGGUCGCGGACUUUGGGGCUGGCUCGCUGCCUGCUGCAUGUGCUCCGAGUUGAAUCCCGCACCCACAGGAGAUGUCCUGGGAACUCCAGCUACGAUUAAAGCUCACCGUUGUCCGUCCCUGGGUCUUGAACGCCACUGUGUUCCAAAGAGCUCUUGCCCCGGGAAUUGACACCCAUGGCCCCGGGGCCCCUCAUACAAGGUCCUCGUGAAGCAGGUGGAGUGGCCAGUCAGGCUGGAUCAACUCCGUGCCGGACGCCGGUUCCAUUGCUGUGCCCUCCAGAAAGCAUCUCCCUCUCUCAUGCGAGGGUUUAGCUCUAUUUGAGGCCAGACCCCCCCUCCCCCCGUAGGAGUGCACUAACUUGUAGAUAGUGUUAGGUUGGACUGAACGGCUUUGGGCGUGAGCUGGGUGUCAGGUCAGUGAUGCGCCGCUGCGCCCGCUUGGUGCUACGGUCCCUUGUGCUGCGUUGUUUGUGAGCGAGCCGAAUGAUGUGAUUGGCUGGGUGGCUGGGAUUCAUUGGUGAGGGGGUGACGGAUGGGAGUCACUGGGGGCUCUGUUUCCCCCCGCCCCCUUCAUGCCCCUCCCCCCGAGUCCUCGUUUCAAACCGGUCGUUUGCGCUCGCAAUGAAAGCCGCAGCACACGCAGCGCCGGAACCGCUCACGGCCCGUCCAGCAGUAUUGGUCCCUUCGAGCGCCGCGUUAGAAUCCUCCAAUGGCUUCUGCUGAACCCCUCUGGUGACUGCGCCGACCGAGACGGCCACCCCCUCCCCCCGCCCCCCCCACACAAUCGCACUCCCCUCUGGUGUGCCCGCAUGAUCGGUCCGGAUUAAAUAUAUUUUGAAUCUAUUUAAAGUUUGUAGGAUUUUGGCGACACCAGUGGAGAAAGAGUGUGGGGGGUGGUCCUGGUCCCCCCAAGUACCUCCUCUAGCCUGACGGAUGACGCAGGGAGCAACGAAUGCUCCCUGCGUUGAUGUGGACACCCCCCCCCCCCUCCCCUUUUACGCAGCGUGCGUCAAUAACGAAAGGCACCAUUUUAUCGCGACGAAGAAGAUGGUCACGUGUUUUUGUCUCCCCGCGGUGGUGUCGGUGAGGUUUGGUUGGGGCUCGGGCACUGUGGCUAGGGUUAGCGAUGUGUUUUGCCGGUGCGUGGAUUACCCGUAGGGUCGAUGCGAGCUUUUUCGCGUUGCAUUGCUGCGCCACUUAAUCCAGCGCGAGACCGGAGUCGGAUUCUGCCUCGGCUCGGAUUCUUCUCUCCUGGAUUCAUUUCCGGAAAGGUUGAGUGGGGCGCAGGGCUAAGGGCAAAGCCCUGACCCCAGCCCCUCCUCAUCAUCGUGCGUGUAUAUGUGUGCGUGUGUGAGACUUGAGAGCGAAUACUGUGUGCGUGUCAUCGUAUGUUUGUGACCGACUGUGUGGAGCGGUAGUGCGGCGGUUAAGACGCUACACUACAAACCUUGCGACCUAGGUUCGAUUCCCACUCCCGGCCAUCGGUGAAGAUUAUCUGAACCGAUUCUAAGCCUCUCCUAAGUCUACUCAGCCUCAAAUAGUACCUGGUGUGGUGUGUAAACAUCUGCACUAGGGAGACGAAGGCGGCUGGGCGUAGUGCCUGCCACCCACCCCCUUGUCUGCUGUACCGGCCUUCAUACCUGCUCGCUGAACAGCACUUGCUCCUACACUGUUAAGGCUACACGGGGUAUCAUUGUCUUUGUGCGUUUGUAACUGGGAGCGUUCAUAUGUGACAAUAGAGCAUGUAUGUCCGAGUGUGAGCAACUGUGUGGCUUAAUGUUAUAAUGGAGCUCUGUACAUGUCUGGCUGUCUAAGACUGUGUGUAAUGGGUGGUGGCGCAAUCAUUAGCGCGCUGCGCUGUGACCCCAGCAACCAUUUGAGAGUGAUCUCUAAACUGAUCCUGGGCGUCCCCUAGGUCGAUUCAUCUUUAAAUGAGCACCUGGUACAAUUUGUAAAAUGUUACUCCUGCAGACGAAAGGUGGCCAAUUCAUGGACGGGGGCCACACCAUCCCAUUUUGCUCUGUGCUGGCCUUAAUAUAUUCUCGCAAACAAUACUUGUCCACCCGGACUGUAAAUGCAAGAAGGGGCAUGAUGGUUUUUAUAUUUGUGUAGAAUAUGAGUAAGAUACGCGUGCACUGAAGUGUGCGUAUUUACGGUAGUGUAGUGGUUAGCGCGCUGCACGGCAAACCCAGCAACCCGAGUUUGAUUCCCGCUCAUGGCCAACACAAGUGACGGAUACCUGAACCGGUCCUGGGCCUCCCCUAGGUCGACUCGGCCUCAAAUGGGUACCUGGUACGGUGUGUAAACAUCGCCACUGGGGAGACAGCCAGCCGGGCGUGGCACUGGCCAGCCACGCCUCGUGUCUUGUGUGUAGAGGUAUGCACAGAGUUCAUGAAUUUUGCUCUGCGCUCACACCCCCCUGCCCUUGCAUCCAGAACCGUGUUUCCCUGCUGCACGCUCCGCUCACCUCUGGUACCGCACGCUGCAACCCAAAUGUUGCGUUUCCCAGACAUUUUGAAAUCCGGCCUUCUUGGUCACAAGCGCGGUGACGGCUCACAGUUGUCCAUGCGUCCACACAUUCCUGCGCUUUGGCUGAUAGGACCUGGUAAUAAGGUGGGGGGGGGUUGCAAAAUGAGUAAUGAAGCGGUCUGAUUUUAUCUGUCGUGAGCUCUACUUUAGGUUGCAUCUCCUGUGUCUAUUUGGAUGAAAUAUUUUACCAGCAUUUUUACUUGACUAAGAAUUUAGGGGGGUUCUGUGCUAUCGGUAGGGGAGACUCAGUCCCCUCCAUCCCACCCAACCCCGCUUGUGUUCCUAACGUCGUGCAACACUGAAACACGCUUCUGUCAGUUUCACAACUUGGUUGCAAGCAACUGAAAUGCUCGUAUGUGGACGGCUCUGCAACCGGUUGCGAACAGCAGCGCAACCGGUUGCGAUCCGCACGGCGAUAUGUAACGAAGUAUUUCAUCACCAUGUGACGCUUUCGCAAACUGUGAUUGGUUGUUACAAUCCCGAAUGACACGCCGUUUCAUUUCGUCGCACACCUAAUCGCCCGGGUUUGGACACAGCAGUUGCAGGCGAUUGAUACAAUUGCGCGCUGUGGUUUGUGCAACCAUUCGUGAUUUUAUUGCUGGAGGUUCGUACGUGUUGAGACGGUGGUAUUGAUAAGAUUCAGGACGCAGCCCAGAGCUAGACCCACUCCGCUGCUAGCUACCAUGUCUGCGUGGACCAGCACGCGGGCAAGAGAGCCACGGUAAAUAGUUUUUUUUUAUGUGCGUAUGCAUUCGACGAUGACAUGGCAGGCGCGUGCUGUUGCACAGACAUCUGCUGCUUGAAUCAUCUGGAUCUGCAGGCGUUGGUUAAUGGUAAAAUGUGGAUAAUGUCACAAUUGUUUUAAUGUCAAUAAAACCCUCACCGAUCAUUUUA